AUGGCACGGAACGCAUCGUCAAUGGCUCUUCUGGCCUUGGAUGCCGUCAAGGAUGCCACCAAUGCUGAUAUUGGUCACGUUGCCGCGUGUGCGGCCCUGUUCGGCGUCAUCUUGCACCACUCGAUCCUCCGGCCUUUUGAAGUCGAGCAAUUCAUGUACAAACUCAUCACAUGCUUCUUUCUCCUGACCGGUGGUCUUUUUGGUGUUCAUCUGCUCAACGACGCUGCUGUGCUUCAUGCCGCCUUCCGGUCCGCUGUGGCCUUGGGAAGUCUCCUGGGCGGUACGUUGUUUUCAAUGGUAGUCUAUCGAUUAUUUUUCCACAGACUCUGCAGGUUUCCCGGCCCCUGGGGAGCCAAAGUUUCCAAGUUUUAUUCUGCGUCACUGGCAGCCAAGGAUGUCCAAUACCACAAGAGCUUGGCUCGUAUGCAUGAGCAGUAUGGCGACUUUAUUAGAACAGGUAUGUGUAGAGGCGUGAUAUUGCCAGUAGAGAUUGGCUAA